CUGCAAAAAGAGUUACUUGUUUUAGCUUCUUGUGUGGACUGUCCCACCUGUCCAAGCACCUCAGACAUGCAGGAGGAAGAAAUCUACACUUCCCUUCGAUGGGAUACUCCAGCACCAGACUCUCAUCAGAAAUAUCUGUCUUCCACCAAAUGUUCAGUAACACGAUGUCUUAUGAUGGUGAUAUCAUGCAUUUUCUGCGUGGGCUCAUUAACAACCUCCCUUUUCUUGGGUAUUAAGUGGUUCCAGGUGUCCACUAUUGCAAAGAAGCAACAAGAAAAACUCAUCCAACAGGACAUAGCACUGUUGAACUUCACACAGUGGAAGAGAAGCCAUGAACGCCAGAUAAAAUAUUACCAAACCUUGAUGCAAAACUCUUUCAGUUCAGCUUCUGUCUGCAGCCCUUGUCCAGAAAACUGGAUUCAGAAUGGAAAAAGUUGUUACUAUGUCUUUGAAAAUUGGAAAAUUUGGCAAACCAGUGAAAAGGAUUGUUUGAAGGAGGGUUCUAAUCUUCUACAAAUAGAAAGCAAAGAUGAAAUGGACUUUAUUACUGGCAGCUUGAGGAAGAUCAAAAGUGAACAAGAUUACUGGGUGGGACUGAUUCAGGAUGGACGCAGCCAACCUUUCCUUUGGCAAGAUGGCUCCUCUCCUUCCCCUGACCUGUUGCCCAUAGAGAGACCCCAAACAACUCGCAAGCUCUGUGGAUACCUCAGAAACAAGAGCCUUUUUUCCACUAACUGCAGCAUUUGGAAAUACUCUAUCUGUGAGAAGUACACGUUAAUAUCCUGAUAUGAAAGAAGUUGAGUUCGAAGUGAUCUACUGCAAUAGCAUUUGGAACAGGCCAUUGGAAAACCUGUCACAAAAUGCCAAGGCACAAGUGCACA